UUGCUGGUCCUGGUGCUGGUGCAAUCCCUGCCUCGUCUUUGCUGAAGCAGUGACUGCCGAACUGAACAAAUGAACCUCGUAGUCGGGUCCCUCUGCCCGUUACACGAAGGAAACGACCGUUGUCCGUGCAGGACGUUGACCACCAAUGCUAGCAUCUGGACAGCGGCAGAGCUGGGAGAUGUGGCGCGUGUGAGGGUGUCAGUGGCGGUGAAGGGACGACGGCCUGACUCCCUCGACCCGCACGGCUACUCUCCUCUUCACCUCGCCGCCCAGAACGGAAGGUUAUCGGUGGUGCUGUACCUCCUCGAGACCGGCGCUAGCCCCGACGGCGUCCCUGCCGAGGCCGGUGGUUGCGGAGCCACGCCACUUCACAGGGCCGCUUUUGCCGGGCAGCUGCCUUGCGUCCGGGCCCUCCUCUCCGCCGGCGCCAGCACAAACGCCGCCGACACCUCCUUCGGCGACAUGAGAACGCCUCUCCACAAGGCCGCGAGCCAGGGCCACAACGAGGUGUGCGUCGCGCUCAUGGAAGCCGGAGCAGAUCCGAACGCCUGCGACGCCGCCGGAAACUCCGCGCUAGAUGUGCUCUGCCUGUCGGCUCCGAUUCUCCCGGACGCCGUGCCUGCGCCAAGUCCAUAUAGCGAGGGCAGCAGCGGCGCUGCAGGUGGCGGCGGCAGCGAAGCAUGCAGCAUCGUGGUGCUAUCGAGCGGGGCAGGGAAGGACUGGGGCGGGGUGAGGGAGGCGCUGGAGCGACACGGGGGUCGUCGUCGCAUGCACGCCAGGGUCGAGGGGUUAGGGAACGUUGGCAGCGGUUGCGGUGGUGAUCACCAAGGCGAAGCCGGCAGUGGGUGCAUAGAUCCCGGCGCUAGGAGUGGUAGGCGUGAGAAAGAGAGCGCUUCUGUUCUUUCGGCUGAGCCCGUCGUCCAGACGGCGGGAGGCGAGUUGGGUGUGCGGGAGCCCGAGGGAACGGCGCUGCCAGGACUAGAGAGAAGUUGCACGAAAAAACGAAGCGGUGUCGACGCCGCCGCUGAACUCGCCUCGACGCCACCGCAAGGACAGCUUGGGGUAGUUUCUGUGGCCGGAAUCGAAGGCGUUGUUCUAGAGAGAGCUGUCGAAAAGACUCCCCGGUCUAGCGGCGGCGGCGGCGGCGGCGGCGUUCCCUGCGGCGAGUGCCUCCUUCCCAAGGUGGUGAUGAUUCGCACGACUUGUUGUGGGGGCUUGAUUUGCAAACCUUGCGCAAGGGAUAUCUGCGCUCGUCGGCAAAGUUGCAGACGGUGUCGCUACCGUGGGGACUGAUAUACUUUUGUAUUGUUGCAAUUUUAAUUGAUUUUGACGUGUUUCUGCGGGCGAGGUGGUCCAGUAUAUAUUUUUAUUAUGAUUGGGUCCGUGUUAAGUAUUCGGGUGUUUGAGCCUCGUGUUUGGCAGUUCGAGGGUGGAUUUUAUCGUCAGCGACUUGUUUUCAAACGUCGUCGGCACGACAUGUACGCCUUCAGUUAAGCAAGCGUCGUAUGGCAAGUUUUGAGUUCGCCGUGUUCGACAUGAGGCUAUUAGUGAGCCCGGAUCAAACAGAUGAAUGGGUGAUAGAAGUGAGAUGAGCUUUUGCAUCCAGUCCGCUAUGUAGAAGGCAACAAUCAGACACUGACUGAUGACACAAAACGUUGCUUGAU